GGCGGGGACGAGGGCAAGAUGGCUGCCGGCGAGUGAUGCUCUCUGGGUUCCUGCAGGGCUGAGGAGACGCCGGGGCGGGGGGCCCGCUCGUGCUGCCUGCUGGCCUCCUCACCCCCGCCCCCGGAGGCCUCCUCCUUCCCGUCCUCCACCUCGGGGGCGGGCCAGCCUCCCCGGACACCAUGUCAGACUCCGAGGAAGAGAGCCAGGACCGGCAACUGAAAAUCGUCGUGCUGGGGGACGGCACCUCCGGGAAGACCUCCUUAGCUACGUGUUUUGCUCAAGAGACUUUUGGGAAACAGUACAAGCAGACUGUAGGACUGGAUUUCUUUUUGAGAAGGAUAACUUUACCAGGAAAUUUGAAUGUUACUCUUCAAGUUUGGGAUAUAGGAGGGCAGACAAUAGGUGGCAAGAUGUUGGAUAAAUACAUCUAUGGAGCACAGGGAAUCCUCUUGGUAUAUGAUAUUACUAAUUACCAAAGCUUUGAGAAUUUAGAAGAUUGGUAUUCUGUGGUGAAGACAGUGAGUGAAGAGUCGGAAACCCAGCCCCUGGUUGCUUUAGUGGGCAAUAAAAUUGACUUGGAGCACAUGCGAACAGUAAAACCCGAUAAACACUUACGAUUUUGCCAGGAAAAUGGGUUUAGUAGCCACUUUGUUUCAGCCAAGACGGGAGACUCUGUCUUCCUGUGUUUUCAGAAAGUUGCCGCAGAAAUCCUGGGAAUCAAACUAAACAAAGCAGAGAUAGAACAGUCACAGAGAGUGGUAAAGGCAGACAUUGUGAACUACAACCAGGAGCCCAUGUCAAGAACUGUUAACCCGCCUCGGAGCUCCAUGUGUGCAGUUCAGUGAGCACACACUGUAUUGAUAGUUCUGGCUGUUCUUCCCCUGGAAUGGACCAGGCUGUCUAGGAACAUAUUUUACCAGUGACCAUCUCUGUAGUCAGCUCACACUUUCCUCCUGCUGAGCUCCUUCAUCCUUAAGUUGCCUCGUAGUAGUAGGCAGCUCCCCAGACUGGAAGAAAUUCAGCUUUGGGACCAUGCAUUUUGAAAUUGGAAUGGAGAGUCCAUUCUCUGGACUGAGCCCACAUCCUUGCCUUUUUGAUCCAGAAGGACCGUGUUGCUUCUUUAUGUCCUCACUUCUUUUCUCUCAGAUUAAAAUAAUAAUAAUAAUAAUAACCAGAUAGGAAGAUGCUCCAAGCUUUGGUCAUCCUUUUCUAUCUGAACUUGUGUAUGUGAAAAUGUACUUCAGAGCACUGAUGGUGAAACAGUUACUCAAGAAGGUGUUUGCUUGCCGGCUACUAAGAGUACAAUAUACAAAGCUGCAUCUAAUUGAAAGUGCUUCAAAUGAGGCUGUAAUAGAAAUAUUUUUUCAUUUUUAAAAGGAGCCUAACUUGUUUAUAUUGUAGUUUAUAACUCACAAGUAGUGAGUAUUUGAUAUUGUAUUUUUAUUACUGUAUCAUGGUCAUUGCAUAUUUUAUCAUACUUGGUUUAGAUGACUUUAUGAAAUUGGAUAAAUGGUUCAGCUGAUCCUUCACAUGGAAUUUCUCGUACAGACUGCAUGAGAGUGCUUCCAGAUGAGUCAUGACAUCCUUGGAUCAUUGUGGAUCGAACACAUUAUACCUGAUGUUCAGAUGUUUUUCUCACAUAAAUAAAUUUAUUUAAAUUACA